AUGUUCGAAGCGACACGCUCAUGUCUUGACUUUGAAAAAUUUGACAGAAUGUAUAAAGACCAGCGCAUUCAAGCUGAAAAAGAGACAUACAAAACACAGGAUUCUAUUCUAGAGGAUUCUGAAGAGGAAACUGCCGAGUUACUUUCAAGAGAUCCGAAAGAUUGGAAGGAUCAAGAUCAUUAUGCCGUUCUAGGACUUUCUAAAUAUAGAUGGCGAGCAACCGAGGAGCAAAUAAAGUUGGCUCAUAGGAAGAAAGUUCUAAAACAUCACCCCGAUAAAAAAGCUUCCAGCGGUAACAUGAAUGACGAUGCUUUCUUUAAAUGCAUCCAAAAAGCACAUGAGAUUCUAUCUGAUCCCGUUAAACGACGACAAUAUGAUUCCAUCGAUCAGGAAAUCGAUGAUUCUCCACCUAGUCUAAAGACAAAAGGGGACUUUUUCGAGAUAUAUGGUCCGGUCUUUGAACGAGAAGCUAGGUUUUCUAAUAAGACACCUGUGCCAUUAUUGGGUGACAUUAAUACUACAAAAGAAGAAUUAGAAGCAUUUUAUGACUUUUGGUAUAAGUUUGAUUCGUGGCGAUCGUUUGAAUAUUUAGACAAGGAGGAUGCUGAUAGCACUGACAAUCGCGAUGAUAAACGUUAUCUUGAAAAGAAAAACAAAGCGGAGCGAGCAAGGCGCAAAAAAGAAGAUAACACGAGACUUCGAAAAAUAGUUGGUAUGGAGGCUGCUGAAGAAGAAAAAAGGAGACAAGAGGAAGCUGAAGCUGAGGCGAAGCAAAAACAACUUGAAGAAAAGAAAGGAAAGGCAGCAAAGAAAAAAGCAUUGCGUAACGAGCGCAAGAAUAUCAAAAAUUUUCUAAAGGAACAAAAUUACUUUUACCCCAAUAAUGAAAAUCCGCCAGUGGAUGUAAUUGACGUUCAGCUUUCCGAGUUAGACGUUUUACUUGAAAAUAUGAGUGUUGAGGAGCUACAACAUCUAAAAAAUCAAUUAACAGAUGCAAAAAGCAAAGGCGACGCUAAAAAUGUUCUCAAAAAAGAGGCGAAAAGGCUUUUGAAAACGGGAAUUCUCGCAGCUGACGAGAAACAAAGUUGGAAAAACACUAAUGUACGUAAAACACUGCAAAAAAUGCUGCGUAGAUGGGAGACUAUAAGUGAAUAUGUAGCUUAUCAUGCCGGAUUACCUCCACGGAGAACAAUUGCAUUAGAUGAUGAAGCCGUGCGAAAAUUGCAGCAUCAAAAGAAACAUGCUGAUUCUCGGAUAACCGAAGAUCCUUCAAUACGAGAAGCAACUAUUAAUUACGAUGAUCCAAUAUUAUUGGCAAACGAAAAUAAAUCAGAUCCUUCCAAAUCGAAAUCAAAGAAAAAAUCCACAAUUAAUAAAACAACAAAAUCUACGUACGCAGAAAAUGAUUCGAAUAAAAAAAAUCAGGUCACGAAAGAAAACGGGACAGGUUCAGCAAUCAAACCCGAAGAUUUAACUGUAUCGGAUGAAAUAUCGCCUUCCACAAUUGUAUCAUCAUCCAUCUCCACAUCUACUACCAAUAACACUUCAGCAACAACGUGGACUGCAGAACAGCAAGCUCAAUUAGAGCGAGCCCUCCAGGCAUAUCCACCCGAUUGGAAAGGAAAUGGAGAUCGAUGGGAAAAUAUAACUAAUGCUGUGGAGGGCAAAACUAAGAAAGAAUGCAAACUACGUGUCAAGUAUUUAGUCGAACAAGUAAAGGCGAAAAAAGCUGCAUCUGGCGGAAAAUAA